CGCCGGGGCCCAGGCGCUGGGGACCGCGGAGCUGCGUCGGGGUCCGCCGCUGCCGUACACGCGGAAGGCGUCCCCCAGCUCGAGGUGAAACCCAAAGGCCGGGUUUGACGCAGGGUCUCCAGAAACUUGUUUUCACCCGCGCGCCAGACAGCUCCUGGAUUUUCAAAGACCGUUAUUACAGUUAUCACCUGCCCUUGUUUACAGUCAGUAAUCUGCUAGAUGAUGAGCUCCUUGAGGGCUGGCUUUGUCCCAGAUGACCACUCCGGUCGGGAGCAAGAGAUUGAGAAGGCUACAGAUCGACUAGCCAGUGGAGUGCAGAGCAUCCCGAAUGAUAGUCCUGCCGGUGGCGAGGGCACGCAUCCUGAAGAGGGAGGCUUUGCUCUGGAUGACGAUUCUGAUGGGGAGCCCAAUACCUGGGAGCUUUCAGAAGGCGUGUCUGGCUGUCCGUCCAAGGAACAGGCUGCUGAUCUCUUUAAUGAGGACUGGGACUUGGAACUGAAAGCAGAUCAAGGGAAUCCCUAUGAUGCUGACGACAUCCAGGGUUGCAUUUCUCAAGAGGUCAAACCGUGGGUGUGCUGCACCCCGCAAGGAGAUAUGAUCUAUGACCCCAGUUGGCACCACCCACCUCCACUGAUACCCCAUUAUUCCAAGAUGGUCUUUGAAACGGGACAGUUUGAUGAUGCUGAAGACUGAGUGCAGCUUUUUGCCUGGCAGGUGGGUGGGCCUACAGAUCAAGGUCACUCUUCCCUUCUGUGAGGUGAGAUGUCAUAUCUGAGGAAACAUUCCCAGCGUUCCCCGGGUCGGGCACACAGACUGAUGUGAAAUAAGGUCCCACGGUCCCCUAGUUCUGUUGUUGUUUUUAAUGAUCUCCUCCUUGGAUGUGUGAGUGUUUUGUGUCUGUGUCAGGAGGAGGACUUGUGCUCUUUAUAAAUAAAGGUAGA